AUGUCUCGAUUUUGCUCUGCUUCCUGGCGGGUUUCGGCAAUGAACGGCCUUUUGACGACGUCCGAGAAGCGGUCGGCUUCGCCCAUCUCUUGUGCGGCCGCGUCGCCAAGGUCGAGGAAGAUUGUCGUCUUGUCGCUCGCCGUUUUCCUUCUCAUCCUAAUAGCCGGCACGCUGAGGCAAGGAGACCGGCUGUGCCGAGCUCACUACUCGAGAGUCCCAGGCCUCUGUGGAAAGAACAAGGACAAGGCCCAGCCUCAGCACCAUGCCCAGGAGGAGCCUCACCACCAAACCCAGGCUCAGAACCAGAACCAGACCCAGCCUCCGCGCCAAGGUCAAAACCACACUCUUGCCCAUGACGACGACGACGACGGCGGCGAGUGCGCGCACUUCCCCGACACCUCAAAGGUUCUGGUCCUCCUAAAGACGGGCGCUUCCGAGACUUACAGGAGACUUCCUACGCACUUCAUGACGAUGCUCAAGUGUCUGCCCGCCGACAACGUGCUCAUCUUCAGCGACAUGGCCGAGACAGUCACCGGCCAUGCCGUCUACGACAGUCUCGAGUUUGUUCUGGACGGCAUCAAGAAGACCAACGCAGACUUUGAAAUCUAUCGGCGCCAAAAGCACUGCCUCAUCGCGCACGACGAAUGCAACAAGAUGUACGACGUGGGCAGCGAGGGCUGGAAUCUCGACAAGUACAAGAACACGCACAUCGCCGAGCGCGCCUACCAAAUGCGACCGCAUCAUGACUGGUACAUGUUCAUCGACGCCGACACGUACGUCAGCUUCGAAAACCUGAUCAAGUGGCUUCCCCACGCGGAUCCCGCAAAGCAUCACUACAUCGGCAGCAUCGAGUACUCGGGCACGUUCCCGUUCGCGCAUGGCGGUUCUGGGUACUUGAUGUCUCAAGCCCUCAUGCACUCCAUGUUGCAUGGCAGGAAGGGGUUUGGGAACCAGUACGACGAGGCGCUGACCAAGCACUGCUGCGGCGACAUAAUGUGGAGCGACAUUGUGCAGAAGGAGCAGAAGCAUCCGCCCGAGAACAUGUGGCCGUUUUUCAAUGGCAGGAAGCCCAACACGCUCAGCUACAGCGACAAACAAUGGUGCCAGCCCGUGAUUACGCUGCACAAGCUGGUGGCCCAGAACAUCAACGACGUGCACGCGCUGGAGAGGGAACUGGUCAAGUCCGGGAAAGAGCUCAAGAUCAAGGACCUCUUCCACCGCUUUUUCGAGCCGCAUCUCCGAGCGUUGGAGCCCAACUGGGACAAUGGCAGCGAAGACGUCUUUUACGCCGGUCCCGACGUCGACCCCAAGGCGAGGCAGAACGACGAGUGGUGGGAGCUGCCCAACAGGAUCAGAAAGGACGGCCUGUCGGACGCGGAGCAGGCGGCGCACAGGAGCCACGAGGACUGCAGCAAGGCGUGCGACUCGUUUGGCGACUGCUUCCAGUACCGGUACCUGGACGGCGUCUGCGGCAUCGGGCGCGUCAUCAGGCUCGGCUUCGCGACCAAGAAGGAGGACGACGCGGGCAAGCGGGUAUACAGCGGCUGGAAGGUCGACCGGAUCCGGCAAUGGGUCAAGGAGCACGACGAGUGCCAGCAGCCGACGGAGUGGCCGGUCAAGGACCGUUGA